GACGUUGCGACACCUGGUGAUGAAAACUCAGGAAAGCAUGGUAGCGGACAAAAAACGUUCCCAAGAAAAUCAAAUGAACCAUUCCGUCGAGUUACCAUAACAAAAGAUUCUCUUCCGGCUAAAUUCAAGGACAACUCCUACAAUAAGUCGCACGAUCAAUGGGGAGCUAAAGCACACGAAUCAUUAAGUAAAGUGCAAGGAAAAGGAUUCCGGCAUGAAAAAACAAAAAAGAAGAAGCGUGCCUGGUCAAAACAUAAACUGUUCCAGCACUUUUCUUACGAAAUGGGGAAACGUAACGGAGACGAAAGUUUAGCAGAUGCUUCUUUGAAUGAAAGUGCUUUAGUGGAUGCACCAACAACUGCUAAGGAUGAAUAUGAACAUCUUUGCUCCUUGGUGAAUGUUAUAGCGAAGCCGUUAGCAAGCAGGAAAUUGGCCAAAAAAUUAUACAAGUUGGUGAAGAAAUCUGCCAAACACCAACAUUAUCUUCGACAGGGUCUAAAAGACGUUCAAAAGGCGAUUCGUAAAAACGAGAAGGGCAUUAUGGUCCUUGCAGGUAAUGUGACCCCAAUAGAUGUUUACUCGCAUAUUCCUGCGUUAUGUGAAGAGCAUGAUAUACCAUACGCUUUUACACCAUCGCGUGAGCAGCUAGGUCUAGCAGCAGGUCACCGACGUCCGGCUAUUAUACUUCUUAUUCGGCCCCAUGCUGAUUACCAAGAGUUGUAUGAUGAGGUGUAUGAAGUCGUCAAUGCUCUCGUCGUUGAAUAA